UCGGUUCCCCUUUAAAUCCGCCAGGCUGGGUUCAACCUCCUCAGCCACUAUACCAUCAGCAGCGGCAGCGCAGCAGCGGCAGCGCUGCUUCUUGAUGUUGUUGUCGGGAAUACGCAUGCGCCCGGCAUUGGAAUUACUGCACUGGAAAGAAUAAGUUGGACACCGUCGGUCCUCACUAAAAGAAAAAGGCACACAACUUAAGUAUGGCGGUGUUCAGAAGAAGGAGAAUGAGGUGUUUAUGCGUCUGGUUGUUCCCCCUCUUAGUUGCCGUGGUGUGCGCCCAGAGUGCCGGUGUCAGUGACCCUAGCAAUAUGUCUUUGGUUAAAGAAACGGUGGAUAGACUGUUGAAAGGUUAUGACAUACGACUGAGGCCAGAUUUCGGAGGUGCUCCGGUUGGAGUGGGGAUGAAUAUAGACAUUGCCAGCAUAGACAUGGUAUCAGAAGUAAAUAUGGACUACACUUUGACGAUGUACUUCCAGCAGGCCUGGCGAGACAAGCGGCUGUCGUACUCUGAGAUCCCGCUCAAUCUGACCCUAGAUAACCGGGUGGCCGACCAGCUCUGGGUCCCCGACACCUACUUUCUCAACGACAAGAAAUCGUUUGUCCACGGUGUCACAGUGAAAAAUAGAAUGAUCCGCCUGCACCCUGAUGGCACCGUACUGUACGGCCUAAGGAUCACGACCACUGCUGCUUGUAUGAUGGACCUAAGAAGAUAUCCACUCGAUGAACAAAACUGCACACUCGAGAUAGAGAGUUAUGGUUACACUACUGACGACAUAGAGUUCUACUGGCGAGGAGGACACAACGCCGUGACGGGGGUGGACAAGAUUGAGCUCCCCCAGUUUUCCAUUGUGGAUCAUAAGCUUAUCUCCAAGAAUGUUGUCUUCUCAACGGGUUCUUACCCUCGUCUGUCCCUGAGUUUUAAGCUGAAGAGAAACAUUGGGUACUUCAUCCUGCAGACAUACAUGCCUUCUAUCCUCAUUACUAUCCUCUCCUGGGUCUCAUUCUGGAUCAACUAUGACGCUUCUGCUGCCAGAGUGGCUCUAGGUAUAACGACGGUGCUCACCAUGACUACCAUUAACACCCAUCUGAGAGAAACUCUCCCCAAGAUCCCCUACGUCAAGGCCAUAGACGUGUACCUCAUGGGCUGCUUCGUCUUCGUCUUCCUGGCUCUCCUGGAGUACGCGCUGGUCAACUACAUCUUCUUUGGACGGGGCCCUCAGCGGCAGAAGAGGGCGGCCGAGAAGAUAACCAUAGCAAACAAUGAAAAGAUGAAGAUGGAUCCAAAUAAGUGGCUGGUGGGGAACGUGGUCGGCAGAGACGACACUCUGUACGCGAGAAUGACGCAGAGGGACCUCGACGGUCACGACUCAAUGUGGGAACCGAUCUUUGUGGACGACGCGGCGAUAGGACUUGGCGAUCAAAAGAACAGGAUGGACCCCCAUGAAAACAUCCUUUUGAGCACCCUCAAGAACGACAUGGGUGUUUCGGAGCUGGCUCUGGGUCUCAAUGACCCGCGGAACACCAUGCUGAAAUACGACAGUUCGACUUUACAGUACCGCAAAGCCGGGCUGGCCAGGCACAACUUUGGCCGCAACGCACUGGAGCGCCACAUGACGCAGAAGAAGAGCCGACUACGGCGACGCGCGUCACAGCUAAAGAUCAACAUCCCAGACUUGACUGACGUAAACUCUAUUGACAAAUGGUCAAGGAUGAUCUUCCCGACCGUCUUUUCCUUCUUCAACAUCAUUUAUUGGCUUUAUUACAUCAAUUAAAACCAAGAGGAACACCAGUGAUAGCAAAGUAUUUCCCUCAUUUGUUGUUUGUAUCUGGUUUGUUUGAUUUUUACGUGAUCCUGUAACACUGGACUGAAUUACUACUGUAUAUUCAAGACUGGAUCCAUAUCUUGAACCUCCACACUUGCUGGCUAAGACACGACAACCUUGUAGAAGAAAGAUUACAAUCAUAUAAGGUGCCUGUUCCGAAAUAAUUGUUUUAAAAAUUUUACAUAUUUUGUCAAUGGUGUACUCUGACAUGAGUUUAAAAUGUUGGUUUGCAUAUUUUUGUAUGUUUUUAUUAUGUUAGACUUACAAUAUACUUAAAUCAUUGCCAAAAUAUCUUAGCGAGAUACAAUUUUAACAAUUUAAACGAUCCUUAACAUUCACAGAAAUGAAAGUUUUCUCUGGGCUUGAAUACAAUAUAAGCGCUAUGUUGUAUAUAAGUUUGUUUUUUUUCCCCAGUUCAUAAACAUCUCAGUAAGGAAGCAUUAAGUGGGUUUAAUGAAGAUCACGAGAAUGCUUCCACGUUUUAAUACAGACUGCACUCAAGAAGCCUGCUGAACGUCAAAACUGUCAUAAUGUGGAGACGCAUGAGACUAAUACAGCCAAUCUGGAUCGUUAUUACUGUGUUUACUCCCCACUGUGUCAUGUUUUAUAACAAAGUAAA